AUGUCCUCAAACGCCCCCUCAACCCAAGAAACUCCUACCCCAGAUACCCCCACCCAGGACGCCUCGACCCAAGCAACCCACCAAGGCGGCUGCCACUGCGCCCGCAUCCGCUUCACCGCCACCCUCCCCGACGCCCUCACCUCCACCCAACUGACCGACUGCAACUGCAGCAUCUGCGUCAAGAACGGGUACCACUUCCUCUAUCUGCCCAACUCGUCCGUCACCUUCAUCCGCGGCGAGCACGAGGCCAAGAAGUACUUCUUCCACAAGCAGCGCAUCGCGCACUACUUCUGCGCGGAGUGCGGGACCAGCGUGUGGGCGGAGAGCGUCGAUCCCGAGUUUUAUGCCGGGUGGAAGGCGUUGAAUGUUCGGGCGUUUGACGACGUUGAUAUGAGUGUUCUGAAGUUUGAGAAGGUCGACGGGAAGAGCCAUUGA